AUGAAUUUGUUACUGGAUUUACCAGAAGUGGUGCUGGUAGAGGUGCUACUAAACCUGAGUCCAUAUGACAUCAAUAAUCUUUAUUCCAUUGAAUCAGUUUCAAAUAGGUUGGUACAUUUAAUAUCAUUAACGAAAGAUAAGGAUGAGCUCACGGUUUUCAAUAAUGUUCCUGAAGAAUCACAUAUACUACUACCAAAUGAUUUUGAAGAGUAUCACGGACCCUCUAGACUGAUACAACUCUUUGAGUUCUAUGAUGCUAAAAGUUACACAGAAAAGAUUUCAAGACUAAACGAUUCAACUCCAAAAUUUAUUGUAUUCAAUGGUAAUUUUGGUAAAUCAUUUAGGGCCAUAAAUGAUCAUUAUUCUAAAGAUCCCAAAUCUAGUUUCCAUUACAUUAUGUUUGAGUCUGUACAAGUACGGUAUUUUGAUAUAAGCAUAAAGAAAGUCGUUAUUUGCUAUCCUGGGUUGUUUCAUUUCCCACAAAUAAGCUAUAUUGCAGUGGAUGAAGGGGUUGAAAUUAAAUCAGUUAAUAAAUCUAGGAAAGUAUCGUUUGAUUUUGAGGCCAAUGAUGUAUAUAUAGACUUUUGUUUAUAUGACUAUCCACAAACUGAUGAUGACUAUAGUCAGCUUUCGGACAGUAAUUAUGAUCUUGAUUUUGAAAGGGAUAAUUAUAUGAAUCACAAUUUGAUAAAUGACGAAACUGCACAAUAUAGCCUGAAACUAUUUAAUCAAAGGUUCAAUAAUGUCACUAGUAUUUCAAUUGAUCUUUCUAUGUGGUCCCGCAACAUCAAAAAUUUUAACCCCCAUGAAUCAUUCAAUAUAACGAGCUGUGAAUUUCCUAAUCUCAAGAAGCUUACUAUAAGGAUUGCAACAGGCCAUGGAAUCAUUAAAGAUACAUCAUUUCCAAAGCUUGAGAGUUUAUCAAUCGAUCAAGCAAUAACAAAGGAUGAUGAAUGUGGAUCCCGAUUAUUUAUUAUGGAGAACUUGAACCUUCCUAAAUUGAUAAAGUUCGAGUGGAUUUCAUCUUUUAAUACUCCAAUUAUAGGGUCUGGAUUUCAUGCACCAAACCUUAGACUCUUGAGACUCUAUAUAGAAAAGGUUGAAAGAGAGCCUAUCAAAGAUUUAAGACUUCAAGAUGUUGCAAUAUUUGAAAAAAAUGUGCUGGGUUUAGCUUCAAUCAUUCCUGAAAAUGUUGUUAUUGAUGAUCUUUUAACAUUGGGUGCUUUAAAUUCAUAUGGUGGAUUGAAAAAUGUAAAGAAUUUUAUUUUUAUACUUCGUGAUAUUUAUGGUUAUUAUAAAAAGAUUGAUAAAUACAAGCUACUAAAUGGGUUGAAAUUUGAUAGCUUGAUCAAUGCAGAAUUUCGAAAAAUUGGAGUUUUUGAUGAUUUUGACCGUACCAUAAAUACUAUAACACCCAUGUUGUUCCAAUCACCAUCGAGAUCAUUAAAGCAAUUGAUGGUAAAAUUUUGGUAUGACAAAAAGUUUCUUGAUCAGGUAUUAAGGAAUUCUAUGGGUUUGAGAAAUUUAAAAGAAUUGAUAUUGGAUGUUAAAUUUUGCCCUGCAAGGGUGGUAAUCCAAUUAAACAGCAGUGAGUUUCCCCAACAAGUUGAAAAGCUCUUGAUAAAUAUAACAGGCGCUACUUUAAGUGUUAACAUUACAGGAAGGUUUGACAAUAUCAAAAGUUUAGUUAUAAAUUGUCCUGACGAAGGCUUUUCUAAUCUGAUAUAUAUAACUGUUUCUGCACCAAAUUUAGUUCAGAUAAGGACCCAUGGUGUCAAUUUAAAGAAUUUGGAACUGACCGACUGCUCAAAUUUGAAAACUUUAUCAAUUGAUAAGGCAGAGAGAGUACUCACACAUGGAGAUUUACCUUCGUUGAAAUAUCUCAAAAUUCUAGAUACAGAGGAUGCAAAUGAAAUUGAUAUUAAAGCAUCAAAAUUGACGCAUAUUGAAACACCCUUGAAUGGUAAAGCUAAGGUUCAAAUGGGAAAUAUUUCCAGUGAUACUGAAAAAAAUCAAAGCAAACUUGAAGAAUCAGAUGAACUUAAUGCUGAAUUGAUUAAUGAUUCACUUCUGAGGUAUAUGUCAAAAGAAUUUUACAUUUAUCCAGAAAAAAUUCUUCUAGACGGCAGUAUGAAUGCUUAA